ACGGCUACGUUGUCUACUCAUUCUCUGCAGCAGUGACGUCAUCAGUACGUAGCAUUUCUAUCACUGCUUGGCUCAUAAUGGCUGAAUUAUACACAGUCUCAGAGUCGACCCGAUUCACCAAUAGCCACGCAUGGUUGUGCUUAUUCCUUUGGGAAAAUGCAUUAAUUUUCCUCCUCUGUAAAGCAUUACAUGCAUUUAUUAACACGAGAGCUUUACGGUCAGGUAUAACAAAAAAGAGAUGAGGAGCGGCAUUCUAAAGCCACGGACAAGCUUGUAAUGCAUAGUGGACACCUUUGGUAACAGCAUUGCGUUCAGGCCAACACUUGACACGAUCUUUUGAACCAUUAUGAAAGACCUUUUAGAAUAAUAUUAUGAUAUCAAUGGGGUUCCCGCCAUAAUUCAUCAUCAGUUUCAAUAUUUAUUUUGGUCUUAAUAUAACCAUAGAGUAAAGAUAUGAUAGAUAACCUCAUUCAUCUCCAGUGUUAUGUUCAGCGAGGACACAAUCCCUGCUCGUGACUGAUGCAUCUCAAAGCAAUUACUGAAUGAUGAAAAGGAAUACUGUGAUUUCUUGACCCUCACUGCUGCUGCCCAUCUGGACGGAAAACAUCUGUCGAAGAAGACCCAAUUGGAGUCAUCUAUAAUCUAAUUUCAGCUUUGUAGGUGAAACCCUAUGAGAAGAAUCACAAUGCAGUUGAUGGAGUCAAAGACGACGUAAUCAGGGAUGGCUGAACUUAGGAGACGCUAACAAGAUGGCUGGCAGACACAUCAGCACGACCGCGGGCUCUUUAUUCCGAUUCCGCAAUAAGAAUUCAACAUCCAGUUCUUCACUCUCGUCUUCCACAUCGUCGCCUAAUAAAUCCACUAAGAAUGUCGCCAGCACCAUCUUGCUGACCCCGUCUUCAUCACCGCGUAUAUCCUCUUCCUCCAUAAAGGACGAGAAUCAUGUUCCAGCAGCGGAGGAGAGAGGAGGGGAGCGACGGGGAUGGGAGCACCGAUUGCAGGCAGUUCGGAGCUGUGGAAUCACGCUCCCGACCCGGGCCGAAUCGAGGUGUCAGAAGGCAGAUGGGGCUAUGGUGACAUCAGUCAAGCGGGUUUUCACCCUGUCAGAGAGGACGCAUGGACCAGGGCAGAUACUAUUUGCCUGGCAAACAAUGCUCGGUAACUACUUGGCGACAACUGGGCAGAACAACACAGUGCAUCUGUACGACAGACACGGGGAGUUAAAAGAUGAAAUCAGUUUACCAGGGUAUUGCACCGGGCUUGGAUGGGACAAAGAUGGUGACACACUGGCCAUGAUAUGUGACCGUAGCAGCGUGGUGUUUCUAUGGGACGCUAACACCCAUCGCUCACUCCAGGUGGAGAGUGGCUUUAAGGAUACCUUAUGCUAUCUCCUGUGGUCCAAGAUCGGUCCGCAGUUGGCCAUCGGGACCAGUAAAGGAAGCUUGCUGAUAUAUAACCAUCAAACAUCAAGGAAAGUUCCGAUACUGGGAAAGCACACCAAGAAGAUCAUUUGCGGUGCAUGGAGUUCACAGAACCUGCUGGCGCUGGGCAGUGAGGAUAAGAAUAUUACCAUCAGUAACGCCGAUGGUGAUACCAUCAAACAGACUUCGUUGAGAAUGGAUCCAUCUGAUCUACAGUUCUCUGAGAUGAAGACAGAUGAGAGGAAUCCAGGAGGAGAUACGACGGUCAGUGCCAGUGUUGGGAAGAAAACGUUAUUCCUGUUCAACUUGGAGGAUCCUGAUAACCCGAUAGAGCUGGCCUUCCAACAGCGAUAUGGCGCCAUCAUUGCCUACAAAUGGUAUGGUGACGGAUACAUCAUGCUCGGUUUUUCCAACGGUUAUUUCAUCGUCAUCUCGACCCACCUCAAGGAGAUCGGUCAGGAGCUGUUCCAAGCUAGAAAUCACAAAGACAACCUGACGUCCAUCGCGAUAUCGCUGUCUCUGAACAAAGCUGCUUCUUGUGGUGAUAAUUGUAUUAAAAUUCACGACCUGUCAGACCUGAAAGAGGUGUACUCCGUCGUGACCUUGGAGGAGGAGUCCAAAGGACUGGGUCAGAUCGGCUGGACAGAUGACGGUCAACUCAUGGCGGUCAGCUCAACGAGAGGGACUCUGUAUGUCCACCUUACUAAGCUACCUGUCCUCGGAGACGCCCAGGGUACACGGCUGGCCUUCCUGACCUCUCUGCUGGAGGUCACGGUGGUGAAUCAAGUUGAACAGGAGCCUUCCAUACAAGUCAACAUAGAAGUGGAGCCCACGUUCGUUGCACUUGGACCGUACCACUUGGCUGUAGGGAUGAACAACAGGGCCUGGUUCUACAUGCUCGGAGAAAAAGGGUUAGAGAAGCUGAAGGACAGGGAAUACUUGGGUACAAUCAUCAACAUGUGCGUCAACGCUGACUACGCGGCUGUCUACUUUGAGAACAAGGUUCAGUUACAUCUGAUUGAAACUGAAGGUUCAGGCGAUAACGAGGAGAGAGAAACCAGACUUUUUCCUGAGGAUGGCCAAGGUGGAAUCACAUGCCACGCCCUUACAUCGGAUUUCCUCAUCUAUGGAACCAGUAAUGGAGAGUUAAUCUUUUUCUACAUUGAGGAUUGGCAAUUUGUCAAUGAGUUUAGACACCUGGUGGGCAUCAGGAAAGUGUAUCCAGACCCCAGUGGCACCAGACUAGUGUUCAUUGAUGACAAGAGCGAUGGCUUUGUCUACAACCCGGUCAAUGAUCAGAUCCUGGAGAUUCCUGACUUUUCACCGACCGUGAAGGGAGUCCUGUGGGAGAACUGGCCCUAUGACAAGGGUGUCUUUGUAGCCUAUGAUGACGAUAAACUUUAUACUUACAUGUAUUCGAGGGAAACUGUUAGAGGUCCUUCAGUAACUUUAGCAGAUACCACCAAGCUACCGUUUGCCCAGAAGCCUCUGAUGUUGUAUAACGGUGAGAUGACGUGUCAGACUCAGAGUGGUAAAACUGCAAUGGUCCAGCUCAACUCUCAUAACUUCAUUGAGAGGCCUCAUGACCUUCAACCUGAACAGUUGAAGGAUGCCAUCAUGAAGUGUAUUAAUCUAAAGAGAUUCAAGGAAGCUUGGAUGUUGUGUCAGUUGGCCAAUAAUAGAGAGUCUUGGAUGGACUUGGCUAAGGCUGCUGCCACACACAUGGAACUGGAAUUUGCUGUUCGUGUUUACCGUAAUAUUGGUGAGGCUGGCAUGGUCAUGCCACUACAGCAAAUUAUGGGAAUUGAUGACCGUAAUCUUCUGGCUGGUCAUCUAGCAAUGUUCCAGGGAGAUUGUAAUCUGGCUCAAGACCUCUUCUUAGCCUCCAGUAGACCAAUCACUGCACUUGAGAUGAGGAGAGACUUGCUUCACUGGGACCAAGCCCUCAAGUUGGCCAAGACUCUAUCCCCAGGCCAAAUCCCUUACAUCUCCAAGGAAUACGCUCAGCAGUUGGAGUUCACCGGUGACUAUGGGAGUGCUCUGUCCCACUUUGAGAAGGGAGUGACAAGAGAUAAAGAGCAACGAGAGCACGAUGAGUCGUGUGCUGCCGGUGUUGCCCGUAUGUCCCUCCGCAUGGGAGACAUCAGACGCGGUGUCAGCAUGGCCAGUAAGAUGCCGAGUCGUACAUUGAAGCGUGAUUGCGCCGCCAUCUUGGAAAACAUGAAGCAAUACUCAGAGUCAGCCCAGCUGUAUGAGAAGGGCCAAUACUACGAUAAGGCUGCGUCGGUCUACAUACGCAGCAAGAACUGGGCCAAAGUGGGUGAGUUGUUGCCUAACGUCACGUCGCCUAAGAUCCACAUUCAGUAUGCUAAAGCUAAGGAAGCAGAUGGCCGUCACAAAGAUGCCGCUUUGGCUUAUGAGAACGCCAAGGACUGGGACAAUGUUAUCAGAAUCCAGUUGGACUUUCUGCGCAAUCCAGAGGAGGCAGUGCGUAUUGUCAGAGACACUGGAUCUGUUGAAGGAGCCAAGAUGGUGGCUAGGUUUUUCCAGAAGUUGAAUGACUUUGGUUCAGCGAUCCAGUUCCUGGUGAUGUCCAAGUGCAACGACGAGGCGUUCCAGCUUGCUCAACAACACAACCAAAUGGAGAUCUAUGCUGAGAUAAUCGAGGGUAACGAGGGUGAAGACGCCACUCAGGAAGAUUACCAGAGCAUCGCGUUGUACUUUGAGAGUGAGAAGAAUCAUCUCAUGGCAGGGAAGUUCUUCCUUCUGUGCCAGCAGUACGGCCGCGCCCUCAAGCACUUCUUGAGGUGCCCCACUACGAAUGAAGACAACCAGGCUGUGGAGAUGGCCAUCGAGACGGUUGGUCGCGCUAAGGAUGAGCAGUUAACCCAUCAGCUGAUUGAUUACUUGAUGGGAGAGACGGACGGGAUGCCCAAGGAUGCCAAGUACUUAUUCCGUCUCUACAUGGCCCUCAAGCAGCACCGGGAGGCGGCCAGGACAGCUAUCAUUAUCGCAAGAGAAGAACAGAUAGCUGGUAAUUACCGUAACGCCCACGACGUCCUUCUGAGCAUGUACCGUGAACUGAAGAAUCAAAAGAUCAAGAUCCCAACCGAGAUGGCGACCAAUCUCAUGAUCCUCCAUAGCUACAUCUUGGUCAAGAUUCAUGUGAAGCGGGGUGAUCACAAGAAAGGAGCAAGGAUGCUGAUCAGAGUCGCCAAUAACAUCAGCAAGUUUCCUGCUCAUAUUGUUCCCAUCCUGACCUCGACGGUGAUCGAGUGCCACCGGUCAGGGCUGAAGAAUUCCUCGUUUAGUUACGCGGCGAUGUUGAUGCGGCCGGAGUAUCGAAAUAAGAUUGAUCUCAAAUAUAAGAAGAAGAUUGAAGCUAUCGUCAGAAAACCAGAUAAAUCAGAGCAGGAUGAGGACACGUCUCCUUGUCCGUAUUGCCAAUAUAGCCUGGAAAACACUGAGCUUGUCUGCCCUGAGUGUAAAAACAACAUUCCCUACUGUGUGGUUACAGGUCAACACAUGGUGAGAGAUGAUUUCGCCUCCUGUCCAAACUGUGACUUCCCUGCUCUUCAUUCAGAAUUCACAAGUUUACUGGAGUCAGAGGAUUCAUGUCCGAUGUGCUCAGAGCGAAUCAAAUCGGCAUCACUGAGAAAGAUCAAUGACCCCUCCAUGUACCUUCACCCUGAUGAUGGAGCUGAGGAGUAGACAGGAAGCAGGAAGAUAGAAAGGAAUGGAGGGGGAAAAGGGGGAUUUAGAGAUUGAAUUACAUUGACUUGUGCUUGAUGUAGUUGUGCUCAGAGCAAAUCAAACCUUUCUUAUGAAGGAACGUAAAUGGUCUAUGUAUGUUUCCACCUACACAUGAGGAUGAGGUUUAAACAGAAAGAGAAGGGGGGGGGGAAGGGGGAAUUAGUGAAUGGAUACGGUCACUUGUGUUAGCUGAAGUCACUGUUUGGACACAAAACGUCACUGUAAACCAUUCUCCUUAAGGAAAGUGAAUGAUCUUUAUACGUGUUUCAACCUACACAUAAGGGCUGAGGUUUAAACAAAAAGAGAGCAGAGGUGGGGUGGGGGGGUAGAAGUGGGAUUUAGGGAAUAAUUUGGUUACAGUGACUUGGGUCUGAUGGAACUCACUGAUUGGAAAGAAAACAUCACUGCAGUUGUCUUUGAUGUGCUCAGAGCAAAUCAAAGACAAAUCAUUCUCCUUAAGGACAGAUAAACGAUCUUUGUGUGUGUUUCCAAUGAGAGAAUAAUUAUGGUCAAGGUUUAGACAGAAUGAGAGAAGGGGUAUUUGGAAGAGUUUUUUUUUGGAGGGGGGGGGGCUAGUGGGUGGGGGAAUAGAAAGUAGUGUCUGAUGGGAGUCACUGAUGGAAAUAAGAAAUCACUGUAGUUUUUUUUUAAAUCUUUCAAUCUUUCUCCUUAGUGAAGGUAAAUGAUCUUAAACAACAAACUAUUUGAGGGAUCCCCUAACAUCACAAGGCGGGACGGCCACACUUUAAGGAGAGGGCUAAAUCCAACUGAUUUGGGCUGACCUUUCUCAAAGACCCAAAUCAACUGCCACUCGGGUAGUGCGCUGAAACAGGGUUAACCCCCCCCCCCUCCCCCCAUCACAGUCCAGAAAGAGUGUGGGGAUGGUAUCAUCCACUAUAGGAGUCUGGUUGGUAGAGCAGAAUGCACUACCUUCCUGACUACUUAUGAAGCAAUUAUGGUUAAGUGCCUUGCUCAAGGGCACAAGUGUCAUGACCGGGUAUCGGGCCCAUGCUCUGCUGCUGACCACACCAGAGCUUGGGUCCAGUGAACUAGACCGCUCAGCCACAGCAUGCCACAAAAUGUGUAUUUCCACUUUUAUUUCUCAAUUCCCUGGGAGCAUACAACCGUAAGCUGCUGAAAUAAGCCCAAGGGGUUAUUCAAACACAAAACCGUCUCCCUUUUAUACAUCUGGAUUAAAAGAAACAAUGAUGGUAAGUGCCUUGCCCAUCAGAGACCCAAGUGUCAUGACCGGGAUGUGAACCCACACUGUUAUCAUUCAAGCGCCACCAGAACUCGAGGUCGAUGCAGUAGAUCGCUCGUCCAUGAUACACCAACAAACAAAAUCUAUCACGACAUUAAAUAGUUAAAUAAAAAAGAAAAGGGUUUUCAAAAUUUUUGAUUUGUUUCAGCUCACAACAUCUUUGUCUCGUGUUUUGGUUUAAAGUGUUUUAAAAUUUUAAGAAACUUGCAAUAUUGUGAAAAAUUAUGUCACAGUAUGAAAAUAGUAAAUGAUUAGAGUCAAUCAAUUUUUAAUUUAUUGAUGUAAAAAUAAAAAAUAAUUUUGUUAUUCAUAUACAAUUGAUGUUUAGGGGCUAUUUUAUUUGUUUCAUUUGGACAAGGUCUGGUGUUGAUUUCACACCAAAGUGAGUUAAAAUUUAUGGUUUUUUUUUGCAUUUUUAAAACGAUUCAGAUUUGUUGGGUUUAGUUUAAAGAAAAAAAGUGUGCCACAAAAUAAUCUCUUACCAUCUCAAAAGAGGAAACAAUUAAUUCAAAUGAAAUUCUAGAUAUUGAAAGAUUUUCUAGUUUUUAUAUCUUUAAAUAAAAGUCAUUAGUGUUUGGUUUGGUUGUUACUGCCAAACUCAUGUGCCUUGUGACACUUCUCAUCUGUAUAAAAAAGUAUAUAAAUGUAAAUAUUAUACUUGUUCUUUCCCUGUGAGUGCUAAUUAAAAUGAAGACAUGUUUAUUUGCACUGA